AAUCAGAUGCAUCACCCCUUCCCGUGCCCUCCCCUCCCCCACCAGCUACAGCGUCGCCAUCAGCUGCAUCGUCCAGGUCCUCGGCCACCUCCCCUCCACCACCGGCCGCUGCAGUCUCGACAGGCCGCUCCCCUCCACCACCAGCCGCAGCCUGCACAAGCCGAUCUUCUCCCCCACUCUGGACUCCACUGCCUGCUGCAGCCUCCACAAGCCGAUCCCCUACAGUCGGCCACAGCCUCCACCCUGUGAGGACACUGAGCAGGCAGUGCGUAUUGAGGCCCCACCAUCGCCAAACCACUUUCCACCUGUUUCGGCAUUGAUGCCAAAAGGAUUACUAAUUAAGUAUUUUCUGAGGGUUGAUACUGGUGGACUCUUCAACACAUAUCCUCAUCGAGGUGGUCCAUUUAAGAGCUUACAAGAAGCUCAGGAUGCUAUAGACUCCUAUCACAUUAAUCUGUGUAAAUUCAAGUAAAUCUUCUCUCAACUUUGUUUCUAUUUGUAAGUGUUGGAAAAUGCUCAUAUUUAUAUGCUAUGUCCUAUGCUAGCACCUUAUAUGCAAGUAUAUUUCUCUUUA